UUUGGAUUCCAAUAAUAAUAUUUUGUAUAAUCUACACAUUUGUUGAUAACAUGUACAUUAUUUUAAAUAAUUUAAAACUAUGAUAGUUUAUUGUUAAAAAUUGUUGGAAGGAUGAAGAAUUUUCUUUGAUGAAUUCUAAAUGAACAUUAAUAAUUCCUUACUUUUAUCACUUGGUUAUGGUUUAAUUUCAUCGCAUAAUUCUUCAGAAUGUAUUACACAUUUAAAGAAAUCGUCUAUAAAGUUGAGAAUUCCACUCAUCAGAAGUGUUAAUUUGGGCUAUAUUUCGCCUUGUUUAACAAAAUUCAAUCAACACUAUCACUCCACUCCAAGUGAUUCUACACCAAAUAACCCUUCAAAUGAAACUACUGACAAUAACUCUCCUUCCGAGGGUAUAGUUAGUACCGACCGAGCUGAUAUAAACGAGGAAUUAUCAUCACUGAUUUCUGCUCAAUCUGAGAUAUUAAAGAGGGAAGGAGAUAAGGAUGACCUCAGGAAAUAUGACUGGUUUGAAGAUGUGCCUAUGGAUUCUUCGGAUGAGGAGUUGAUGACUGAGUACUAUGAGACUAAAAUUCCCAGUAUGAACACCAUUUACAAGAAUUUGGACCCCGUUGGGAUCCGUAAUUACCUCCCUGAUACCCCAAGGUCAGACCGUUGUUUAGGCCGCGUUUACGAAGUUGGUGAAACUUUUCUGGAUACCGAAUCCCAAAAUACUCACACUUUGCAGGAAAUUUUAGACAAGGCUAAAAAGAAUAGGGAAGAGCAUAAUCGUAUUUGUGGUAUAACUAGCACAGACUCGCCUGAGGAUGAUAUUAAGUUAAACUCUUUACUAACUAAUAAUCAGCCAGACGAUACGGUUGAGAGGGAAUACUAUGAGAAAUUUGAAGGGGAAGAUGAGUUUGGGUUUGGAAAAGAGUUCCAGGAAGACUCUGCGGAUGUAGUUCUUGAGGAUGAAAUGUGCAGGUAUUUCUUGGAAGUUCCUCUUAAAAAUUGGGUUAAAGACGAGAUAAAUUCCUACAAUGACUCACUAAAUAAGCUUGAAAAGGCACAGAAAUACUAUACUGAGAAUGCGCCAGAAGAGUUUGUCACUGAUUUCAGGGCCGUUUUCUCAGACUCUCCAAUCUCAACCACAGGGCUUUUUGAUUCAAAUUCGCCAGCGUUUGACGGUUCUACUGACAAAAUAGCUAAAAAUUCAAGUGAGUCAAAGGAUUUGUACAUUAAAGAAUAUAAACACAAUGAUUUGUUAAAUGAUAUCGACAAAUAUGAAUCUUCUAAAUAUCCUGAAAUUGUUUUAAAAAUGGCAGAAAAUGAUCAGAACAACCCUAUUUUCACAAUAGAUGAUAGAAACCCUGUUAAAGUUGGUACGGAUAAGAAUUCAAUGGGAAGUUUAGAGGAUAACUUGAGAGUGUAUGUUUCAGUUCCAAAGGAGUUUAUAAAGUUUGAUGAAGUGGGUUCUGUGGUAGUAAAUGACUCAAUAGCUUUUAGGCGUAACUAUGAUAUUUGUAUUGGACAGACAGUUGAGAAAAUUCCACUUGAAGGUGACUUUUUUAUAGGCACGAUUUUACUCCCAAAUCAGGCCGGUUACAGAGACCAGAACAUAAGAUACUUAGCCGAUGAAAUAGCUAUAAAUUCCAAGGGACUAGUCUUUGUCCCUGAUAUUCCCAUAAUAAAUCAAGGAGACGAAUGGUACUUUGUACUCUUGAACAGAUUACUUAAGCUUGUUCAAAGUGCUUACAAAGUUGACCGUAUUUCAUUCGUUGCACUAGGUGAUCAAGCCAAUUUAAUCAUUAAUUACAUUAACAAUUCAAUGUUGAACACUAUAUCAAAGUAUUCUAAUUUCUCAGAUAAUAGUAAAGUGAAGAAAAAUGAAGAGGUGGGGAAGAAAAUGGAUCAGUUAAUUGAGCGAUUUAGCACUGAAAGAAUGGAAGAAUUGAUGAGGAGGCAAUCAGUGCCAAUAAUUGAAGACCUUUUGAACGGUUUGGAGAAUAUAAAAUUGGUUCAAAGUCAUCAGGAGGCUAAAAAAGCAAAAGAAGUUAACUUGGUAAAACCCCUUUCAAAGGUUUUACAAUCCCUUAUAUUGUAUGAUAGCACUCAUGUAGACCUUGAAAAGUUGACGAAGCUAUCAAUUCCUACUCUUUUAUUGGAGUCAAACAGGACAAACCUUAUUGAUCAAGUUCUGAAGUCUGAUUCUGUCACAGAAGAAAUGAUAAGCAAUUUCAUUUCUUCAGCAAAGGCUAAUCGUUAUAAUAUUGUCAAGAAUAAACACAAGGGGAUAAAUAUGUUUGAUUAUGUAAUAAAUGAGAUGCCAAAAAAGCUUAAAACUCUAAUGAAUAACCAGACGGAUUUCAGGUUAAUGCCUUCAGAACACAACACAGAGAAUCACCGGGAACAGUAUCUUCUAACAACAUUUCACAGAGGAGUUGACAUAGUACUUGAGGUCUUCAAAGAAGCUUCAUCGCAUUUUUACAUGAAAAAACCAAACGCUUCAAAGCUAGAACUACAAGCAAUGAAAGAUUCUAUUUUGAAAUGUGCAAAUUGGAUUCUUGCCUGGUCAUAUUGAAAAUUUUACACAUUUAUUUAAUA